AAGCGCGUGCACGUUCACGCAAACGGCUGUAUGUGUGUCGGAAGUAAAUCACACAGUUUGUGUCACAUCACAAAUGACUCUUAUUUGUCUUCACACAUCUCUGCAGAAUAUGGUUUGUGUUCUUGCUCUUGUGCAGUUGUGUUUGGGGCAUUUCAACGGUGUGUUUGGUGAUGAAGUGAAGUCAGUGUCAGUGAUGGAGGGAGAGAAUGUUACUCUACACACUGAUGUUACUGAACUACACACAGAUGAUGUGAUACUGUGGAUGUUUGGUGUUCAGCGUCCAGAUGAGACUAUAGCUGAAAUCAACAGAGAAGUCAAAAAAACAUCAUCUAUCAGUGAGAAAUUAAAGAAUCAUGUAGAGAUAGAUGAUCAGACUGGAUCUCUCAUCAUCACAAACAUCACAACUCAACACACUGGACUUUAUCAAGUAGAGAUCAUUGGAAAUACUGUUCAAAACAAACACUUCAGUGUUACUGUCUAUGCUGGUCUGUCUGUUCCUGUCAUCUCCAGAGUCUCUUCUCAAUGUUCUUCAUCAUCUUCAUCAUCAUGUUGUUGUGUGUUGUGUUCAGUGAUGAAUGUGUCACAUGAUGUGAGUGUCUCCUGGUACAAAGGAAAGAGUUUAUUGUCCAGCAUCAGUGUGUCUGAUCUCAACAUCAGACUCUCUCUACCUCUGGAGGUGGAAUAUCAGGAUACAAACACAUACAGAUGUGUGGUCAACAAUCCCAUCACAAACCUCACACAACAUCUACACAUCAAUCAACUCUGUCACAUGUCUUCAGCUUCACAUUUGAUAGUAUCAGUCUCUUGUGCUGCUGGAUCUGUGAUGAUUGUAACUGCACUUCUGAUCUACUGCAUCUGCAGAAAACACAGAAAAACACAACAACACGAAACGCUUCAGACUGGUGAAGAGGAGAUCACUUAUGCAGAUCCAACAUUCUCUAAAAGACAAAGACAUGGACCGAGAGCUGCAGUGGAAGAUGAUGUGGUGUACACAGGAGUCAUGAGAAGAUGAUUCUGAGAUCCUCAGACUGAUGCUAAACUGGAACUACAAUUGCUUUUAAAUAUGCUUUUACUUGUUAUGUGUGCUCGUAUAGUAACUGUCAUUUUAUUUAUAUAGGACAAUUAAAGAACACAUGUUGACCAAUGUGCUUUACAUUUAAUAUUAACAAUUAUAUUUAUAAAACACUAAUAAGCAUAAAAAGCAUCAGAAGGUUCUUUACAAUUAAUCACUCAAAAAGUAGUUUGCACUAAAUCAAUCCCACUAGACUACAGCAUUUGUCACAGAAAUUUAUUCUUUUAAAUAGUGUUUUCAGUCUUGCAAUUUCAGUUUCACACUGUUGUAAAGAGCCACUGUAAAACAUUUCUCUGUAAAAUAACGGCAAAUUACUGCUGGCACAGAUGCCAGACAACUACUGUUAUGCUACGGUAGGAAUACUGUAAAGUUGCUCUACAGUAUUUUACUGUAAAUAAGAAAUUCUGUAUUUUACGUUCUGUAUUAUAUUUUUAGAGUAAAAUACUGGCACCAGAGACGCCUGUAAUCUUCUGUAAUAUUACUGUAGGAAUACUGUGAAACUGAUGUAUAGCUUAUUACUGUAAUAAUUUCAUCUUAGUACUCAAAACAUGAUUUUUCUGUAUUUAAGAAGAGUUGCUAACAAUAAUCUGUAGUUUCAGUUUAAAAAACGGAAAUUACUUUGUAGCCAUAUUUUCAAGAAAAGUAUAACUUUUUACCAAAAUUUGGUGAGUUAAAAACAGUCCAUUUAAGUAAUCUUGGCAACACUUUUAUAGGUAAGAAAAUAAAAUCACUACAUCAGUAAAUUACUGCAGGCAACAAAAUUGGCAAAUAAUACAAAACUUUAUAAGCAAUAUCAGCCAAAGGUAUGAGUAUAAGCUAUAUCAACAUUUGUAUAAGGAAAAAGUGCAGAAAAUAUAAAGUCAAACUAUAAUAAAUAUGUUUAAAGGAAAGUGCAUUGAAAAAGUUACUUUAUAAGUAAGGGUUAAAAAUAAAUUCUAGACAUUUACAUACAUUUACAUUUAGGCAUUUGGCAGAUGCUUUUAUCCAA